ACACAGUAGCUAAGUCUACGUGGAGAGAGUGUGUGUGAGUGAGUGAGUGAGUGUGUGUGUGUGUACAGGUGUGUGCCCGUGUGUGUCCAGUGCGAACAUGUUACCUUUAUCUGUUAAAGACGAUGAAUACAAACCCGCGAAGUUAAACCUGCUGCUCAAACUCUCCGGCUGGUUCAGGUCGAUCCUCGCGGAUAAAACCUCGCGGAAUCUUUUCUUUUUCCUUUGUCUCAACUUGUCCUUCGCCUUCGUGGAGCUCACGUACGGAAUCUGGAGUAACAGUUUAGGUCUGAUCUCAGAUUCCUUCCACAUGUUCUUCGACUGCACUGCUCUGCUCGCAGGUCUGGCUGCCUCCGUCAUCUCAAGGUGGAGAUCCAAUGACAGCUUCUCCUAUGGUUAUGUGAGAGCAGAAGUGUUGGCAGGCUUCGUAAACGGACUCUUCCUCAUCUUCACAGCCUUCUUCAUCUUCUCUGAGGGAGUCGAGAGAGCUCUGGAGCCUCCUGACGUCCACCACGAACGUCUACUUCCUGUCUCUGUUGCUGGUCUGCUGGUGAACCUGGUCGGGAUCUUUGUGUUCCAACAUGGAGGACAUGGACACUCUCAUGGAGAAGAAGGUCAUGGACACAGUCACUCUCUCUUUAAUGGCAGUCUGAACCACAGUCAAAGUCAUGGACACAAACAUGGACACGAUCAUGGACACGAUCACGGACAUGGACACGGACAUGAUCACGGACAUGGGCACGACCAUGGUCAUGGUGGACAUGGACACAGUCAUGAGGAGCCACACUGUCACAAUGAUCAGCUGUUCAGACCGGGAAAAGGCUCCAGUAAACAGAUCCUACAAGGUGUCCUCCUCCACAUCAUCGCUGACACUCUGGGAAGUAUCGGUGUGAUCAUCUCUGCUCUGCUGAUGCAGAAAUAUGACCUGAUGAUCGCUGAUCCAAUCUGCUCCAUGCUGAUCUCCAUCCUCAUCGGAGUCAGUGUGGUGCCGUUAUUGAAUGAAUCCAUUGGGAUCCUGAUGCAGAGAACUCCUCCUUCAUUAGACCAAAACCUGCCUGAGUGUUACCAGAGGGUGCAGCAGCUUCAGGGUGUUUAUAACCUGCAAGAGCCUCACUUCUGGACGUUGUGCACCGACGUUUACAUCGGAACGUUAAAGCUGCUCGUCGCUCCAGACGCAGACACACGCUGGAUCCUCAGUCAGACUCACCACAUCUUCACACAGGUCGGUGUUCGACAGCUCUACGUUCAGAUCGACUUGGCGGCCAUGUAGAAGACGCUCCUCUUCAAUGACAACUGGGACCAAUCUCAUUCAGUCUUCUACUGCAGAAGACCACGCCCUCCUCAGCCCCACCCCCUCAUUUCCUGGAGACAGACUGAGAGCAGGGAUGGGGGGUGGACUAAAAACCCCACCCCUACUUGGUUUAUUUUUUAUUUUCGUGUUCACGCCCCUUCUUCUUAAGUGCCUUCUUCAUUAAUCAAAGACAAUCUGGCUCCGCCCCUUCUGUGACAUCACUGCUGGGACCACACUGCUGCAAUCUGAUUGGCUUGUAGUGAGACUGUGUGUGAUGUCACUUGUUUUUUAAUGUGCCAAAUCAUGACCUUUUUUUUUCCAGCUGUAAUAAAUAAUUCUGUUCCUUUGA